AAAGCCGACGAAUUGCUGAAGCUAAUUACAUCACAUACACUCAACGAUACAUCUUUUGUCGAACUUCGUGAGCGUCUGGAUACUUUUCGCCAGUGGUUGGAUGAUUAUCGUGAUACGAUCUGGGAUAGCGCUGGUCAGGAUACGGUAUCGGCGAAUAAAAUUACAGCUGUUGUUGCAAAGCGAGUGGAUCGUUUUAAAGCCGUGGCCGCGAAUAUCAGUGAAAUAAAAGCCAAAGCGGCGGACGAGAUUAGUGAAGCUAUCAAUAAAGUGGAGAUAGCGAAAAAGGAGAAAAUUCUGAACAUGUUCGAUGAUUUCAAGGUUAUUCAUAAUUUCUCUUGCAGUUUACUUCCGUGA